CUAAUGAACAUCUUCUUAAGCCUUGAACCCUAGAUUUAAUAAGUAACAACUAAUAACCAAAGAUUCAAGCCUAAAGAUGAGCGAUGGAAUUUGAAAAGUAAUAAACACCUGUGGAUGUUACUGAAGAUCAAAAUAAGAUGAUGGCUUCGAGUUUGGGUUCAGAUUCUUCCACUUCCUCCGACGUUCCCCAAUUUCAUCACACCCCAUGUUACUGCGAAGAAAAUGUGUAUUUGCUCUGCAAGAAACUAUGUGCAGAUAAAGUAGCUGAUGUAUCAGAUCUCUUUGUUGUCUUCAUUUCCAAUGAGAAUAAACAUGUUCCAUUGUGGCAUCAGAAAGCUAGCCAUAGAGCUGAUGGGGUAAUUCUAUGGGAUUACCAUGUAAUCUGCAUUCAGAGAAGAAAAGAAGGAAAGUCCAUGGAUUUAGUAUGGGAUUUAGAUUCAUCUCUUCCAUUUCCAUCAACUCUAUCGUCAUAUAUAUCAGAGAGUAUAAGGCCAUCUUUCGAGCUAUUUUCUGAAUUUCAGAGGGUUUUCCGUAUAGUCCAUGCUCCUAUAUUUUUCCGUUAUUUUGCCUCUGAUAGAAGACACAUGAAGGAUUCUCAAGGAAACUGGAUGGCUAAUCCACCUGAAUAUGAAGUGAUAGUAGCUGAAGAUGGAAAUGUGCACAACCUAAACGAGUACAUUGAAAUGUCAACAAAAGAUGUGUUGAAAGAUUUAGGGGAAGACAAGAUUAAUGCGGUUUUUACCAAGAAAUUUGGGUUAUUAGUAGGUGAGAGCCGAUUGGAGCAAUUCUUCUCUUCCAUUUCACAGUAAUUGGCAUGUUUUUUUACUUCAUUUUGCAGAUUGUUUAAUUUACACCAAACCAAAACUGCACCUUUUUUGGAUGCUUAUAUUAUUACAAUAUUACAUGUAUGUGAAUGAAUUAGUUUUUUUUGUAAAUCGCUCAACAAAAAUUAGGUUU